CGCUUGAUAUUUGAAGCUCUUAGGAUUUUAUCUGAUGAAUAAUAUUAAGCUAUUUAGUCUUAAAACCCGGUAAAUUCGAAAAACAUGGAUCCAGAUAUGCAAGUGAGUGAUAGCUUUUAUUAUUUUAAACAUGAAGAAAUUAAUUUUAUAUGCCUAACCGAUGUUUUGAGGCCUAAGUAGCUACUAAUACUAAUAAAUUAAAAGUUGAGUAGACGUCUGAGACUGAGUUUGAGUCCGACCAGCAGAAAAUGCCAGUCAUAAUACGUCAUAAACAAUUUCACCCAGGCCUAUAUUCAAAAUACUACUAGUUACUAGUCUAUCCUUAUUAAUUCAAAGCAAUAAAUUAUUGUUGGGUAAUGCGCUUCAACUUAAAUGGACAUUAACUUAGGGUAAAUUUAGUAGUACUAAUAGACUAUAGUAUGCCUAUGCCGCCUUUCUAAGUCUAACACUAUUACUAUUAUUAUUAUACAGUUACAGUAAUACUAAUAGUUUAAUACAGAUUACUAUGACUAUCCCUGUUUAUGAUAAUCAGUUAAUAAAAUCAGCAUAUUAAAAUAUCUCAGAAUAUCUGACUCAUCAACAAUCAAACAAUGAAUCAUGUCAUGGUUGUUCAUUGUUAGUGUUAUUUAUCAAUAAUUAAUAACUGAUAAAUUAUGAGGCUAACCUGUUUGGCAUAAUAUUAUUAUUUACCAAAUAAAUAAUACAUGGUACUGGACAUGAUUAAGUUUUAGACUCUACACUGCUGAAGUGAAAUUUGUAUCAUUGUCAGUUGAGAGUGGACAGUGCAUAAAUAAUUAAUGUGAAAAACUUUUGUCUGAUUUUAAAGAAUGACAACUAUUACUACUAUUAGUUAAAAUUUCAGCAUUAAUUUGUUCUCUAAAACAAAAAAAGACAGAGGUCUUGCACCAGCCAACUCAGGGAACACAUUUUGUUGAGCCCAACAUUCCAGUAAAGAGUGAAAGAUUUAAUGUAGUAAACAUCUUCUCUUACCUUGACCUUAGCAGUACACUCCCCAUCAUCUAUAUCAUUUUAAUGUAUUCCCAUAUGCAAUGACUGCUUGCCUAAAAGAAUAUUUUAUGAUGAGGUAAAUCAUAGGAGGCAGUUAGCUGGUGAACAGAAGAAACCCUUUAGAGUCAAUCUAAAAUCCCUAAGCCUAAUCCAGGGAUAGAAAUUAUCUUAAUUGAUGUCAAUGUAAGAACUAACAGACCCCGUUAAGUCAAGGGGUUUGGUAACCUUUUUUGAGUGAGGUACCACUUUUAAUAUAUAAAUUAAAUCUGUUAGUUUGGUAGGAAAAUAUCUAAUUCUUCAAAAAGGUGGCUGCUGGUUGGCAUAGCGACCAUGCAUUAUUGAAUUGAUGUCAAUGCAUCUAUGACCAUUGUGUAACAGCCUUGUUCCAAAAUCUGCCAAAAUAAUGUUUCAUUUAUGGAUUGUCCCUAGCUAUAUAUGCAUUAUGAUUUGUUCAUGUGGUCCAUAUUUUUAUAUAAUUAGCCUAAUAAAGGCCAAGAUAUCGGUGGUUCAUUAUUUAUUAUUAUUCAAUCUAUGGAUUUAGGCAUUGAAAUCUAACAUUUAUUUAAGCAUAUCAAGGCUAAUGGGGCUAUAGACAUGUGAAAACAUGAAUUAGUCCUUAUUUAAAAGUUUUCUCAAAUCCCACCAGGCUAGUGGUAAUAAGCUUUGUCUACCCCAUAUGUCCCUGAAUGUUUAAACAAAUAAUUUAGGAGCCGCCCCACUUGAAAAUUUAUUUGUGAUAUUUGCGUUUACAACAGAGUUUGAUUGAAAGAACAAGGCGCAGACGGGAGGUGCUUAAUCAGAGGAUGGCUGGGAUGCCAGAAGCAGCCCCUCGCAAACGUAGGACGCCAGUGUUAGAAAGUGAUGGAACCGAAAAGGUCCUUACUGAAUUACAAUCAAAUCAAGAUGGUAAGCUAUGCUAUUGUUAAUUAAUUGUUUUAAUAUUGUAUCUUAAUGGACAAUUUAAUGACACCUGAGAGGGUUCUGUUCCUGAUACUCAAUUUUUGAAAGAAAUGAUUGAUGAUCACCUUAUUUUAUCUCAAGUUCUGAUGAAUUAGGAAUACAUAAAAUAACUACUAAAGGUUGAUCAUGGCGAUGCAGAUAACCAACUGCCCCAAUACUAUAACCAGGUCCUGCACAAAAUUGAUAUUAGCAUUCCCAUUUUCUUGGAAGUUAAGUUUUGCCGAGUUUUUUAAAAAUUGCUGUUCAUAAAAUGCUUCAUAUCGUCACAUCCUCAUUGUUUUUGCACCACAGAUCUAUGUUCUCUCACAAGCAUAUACAUGUUGAUUUAUAUUUCCAAAAAUAUAAUCUUGUCCAAUAAGUUCAUUUCUUAUAAAGAAAGCACUACACACGUCAUAGUAGUUCAAGAUUAUGCCUAUGAAUUUGUCACUUUAAAUUACUGGUUGCACAUCUAGAAAGAAAAAGAAUGUGCAAUUCAAAUUUUUUAAUAUCAUUGCCAGGAUUUUAUGAUGUUCAUGUAAUGCGACUACAUAUUACUUUCCAGGACGCAGUUCUCAGUCAUUUAUCUGAAAUGAUGUGCUUAUACCACUGUUUAAUAUUUGUUAUUUUCUCAUCUUAUACAGAUUCACUAGUUUUCUAAAUACUUUGCUUAUUUUUAUUUCAGGGUUAACUGAAGAACCAUAUCAUGGUAUAUAAAUUUCAACACAAUAGCUUUGGCUUAUUACUUAUAUACAUAAUCAUUAUUUAAAAAAACAAACAUAUACUGCGAGGAUGGGGUGGUGAAACUAUUAACUCAGGAUUUUGUAAUUGAUAGCAAUAUAUAACGGCUAAGUGUGUAUAUGCAACUCAUAAUCAAUCAUUUGGUUAAAGUUAAAGCCCAAGUAGAAAAUAAAAAUGAAAUGAUUGUUUGUUUCUCUGGAACAUGUUUUUGGCAUUAUUUUAAAAAAAAUUCUAAUAUAACCUGAUAUAGGUAGCAAUUUCAUUGGUUUUAAAUAAUUAAGAAACAUCAGCUCUCCGACUGAAGUAUUUUUUUCUCCCUUCAGUUUAGUGUAAUUAAAUACUAAUGGAGCUUAAAGUAAAAGAAAUUAUUUUAAAAUAUUACCUUUCUCUGUUUGCACAACCCAGACUUAUUAGAUAGUGUUAGCAAAUUAAAAGGGGAUUACAAAAGGUUAAGAUUGGACAGAAAAUGAACCAAUCCAUGUUGUUAAUCAGGAUAGAUACCCAUGAAUAAUCAUACUUUGCAGUUACGAUAUACCAAUCUUAAUCACCAGUUUUUGAACAAGGGCUAGACAUUUACUGUCAUCCAGCUUGUCUAAGAUAGAAAUAGACUUUUUUAAAAAAAAUAUCAUUUGCUAAAAUUAAAUACCACACUAUCAUUCAUUGUUUGUUUUCACAAAUUUUUACCUGUUAUAAUUAUAAGAAAUUAUUUUUGAUCUAGCAGUUCAUUUAUUUGCCUGUUGGAAAUUUUGUUACUUGACAAAUUUAUGUUUUUUUAAAUUUAAUAUUUGCUUGUUUUACUCAUUCUCUAAAAAAGAAUGUAUAGUUAUUUAUAUAAUAAGUUGUAUGUUAUGAGGAAUUACUAUUUUAGGUGCAGUUAUUCUUUUUUUAGACUAAGGCUAUUUGAAAACUCAAAAUAACAAAUAAUUCAAAGGAGUGUCAUAACAUUGCAGUUUAGCUUAUAACCUCUCUCCCUUUUGUAGUGAAGAUGUCUAAAUGGUGGAGUAUGAGAAUUUAUCAUCUGUUUUAUUUAUUGUGCCAUGAACUUGUGAUGUACAGAAAUAAAACUUCAUAUGCAUCCAAACAUAAUUUAAUACACUCUUUUUUUUUUUUUUAAGAUUCCCCCAAACGCCAGUGUAUGAGGGAAGUUGAGCAGAAUUUGAAGCCUGAUAUAUCCUCUAAUCAAGGAGUUGAAUCUGGUCUCAAGGAUCCGUCCAGCUCUCUAAACAAUGUUACUUCAAAUGAUGGUAAUUUAUAAACAUGGAUAAAGAUAAAUAUAUAUACAUUUAGUAGUGUUUUGAAAAAAAUUGCAUUAGCUUUUUAUGUAAAUGAUUAUUUAUUUGAUAUUAAAUAUUUGUGUUUGCACGAAUGAUUACUGGACCCCGGUUUUUAUCUUUCCAGAAAAUCUUGAUCUCCCAACCCCAAAACCAAGAAAAAGCAUAUCUUCUCCACCCCUAGAAAGAAGAAAUAAGUCCUCACCAAGGAAGUCUCCAGUUAGCCAAGUUGGUACUUCAGCAAGUUCUGGUUUUUCUAGAAAAGGCCGGUUUGCAGCCCUGGCUCAGCAUAUCAAUGACUGGGAGGAUGAUUUGAGUCACCAUGUUAUACAGUAAGAGCAUCUGGCUUUUAAAUAUUUAUUUCUAUUUGUCAAGGGUGUUAUCUGUUAAUACUAAUCAAAAGCACAUCUAUUUUGAAGUAAUUAGUUUUAAUCCUUGUUCUUCUUAAAUGUCAUUCAGUAUCAUAUGAGUAAUGUGUUUAAAUAUAAAUUCUGGUACACAGCUUAAUUUAAAGAUCGUAUUUAAUUAAAUCAAAGUGGAUUCUUGAUAAAACAGUUUUAAACAAUUUGGGUUUUAUAAAAUUUGAUGUUAAGGUUGUAUCACAUCCUCUUAACAUAACAGAUGUUAUGACAGUCAACCCCUGUAUAGGAACUAAAUUUCCAAGUUAUUUUCUAAUUCAACACAUAGAUUUAAAAACUAGAUUUUUGGAUCAGCUGUUGAGACAUAUCAAAUUUUAAAUAUUUUACUAAUUAAAUAAUCUGUGCUAAAAAAAAGUGCUAAUAAAUGAGUUUUUAAAGUCUAUACUUGUUCUAAGAGACUUUUGAAACCUUCCUUAUCACCUGAAGAACCUGAAAAGUGUAAAACUCGCUCAUAAGCCAACCCCAUUUCUACAUUUUCUGGGCACAAGAACACACACACACACCCCACAUUUUAGGCUUAUUUUGAGGGGGAAAAAUUGCGGCAUAUACUGUGUCUUUUCUGCUAUAAUUGUGAAUUCAAAAGUUUUUGGGUAAGGUGCUGUUAGGAAAAAUUGAAUUGCUCUGACCGCUCUAAAAAUAUAUUUCAAUUUCUGCUCUGAUAAUAUGCUUAUGACAUGACAUUAUUAAUGUAGAUACUUUGAUACUCUCUAAAUCUAAACACAAUCAAUCAUGGUAGUUACAAAAUGAAGACAAAACUUCUGACCCAAUUUUGCAAAAGACUAUUUAUUUUUUCGUCAUCGUUUUCUAUAGUUGAAUCAAUGUACCUCGAAAAAUGUUAUAAAAAUCACCUAUGACCCACUCAUAACCCAUCCACUCAACUUAUUCCCCAUGAAAUAUUUCCAAAAUUUAAAAGCAAAAAUUUAUAUUAUAAUUUUUUUGCUUUUUCAAAUCCAAUAGGAAAGAGGAAGAGAAAAGACCGAGAUGGCAGCCACCAAAACCUGAGUCGACACCAAUGAGUUCUGUCACUUCAGGGAAAGGACCCGCACCUCCAGCCCCUGUCAUAGUCUCUUCCACUACUGCUAAGGUGGCAAAACAAGAAGCCCCUGUUUGUUCUCCCAAGAAAACACAUGCCCCACCAACACCAAGAAAUAAUGUUCAAGCCAGCCCCUCCUCUACGUUGACCAGGAAUUCACCUUUGAGGACCUCCAAGGUCAGGACAUUGUGGGAUGUGAUUUCUUUCAAAUCAUGUUUUGAUUUGCAGUUAGUUAUAAUUGAGUAUUAAAAAAUUUUGUAUACCUUAUGUUUUAUUGUCUGUUAUCAGGAUAGUUGUGAAAUUUUCUUAAAGCAAUUAAUAAUGGUAUCAUGCCAUUUUCUUCUUUUCGUAAGAUUUGUUUGGAAAUUAAUCUUUGUAUAGCACAAGCAAAUAGAUCAACUCUUUACAUGAUUUAAUUAUCCAUGUCCUGUGUAAAUUACAUUUUAAAUGUAAUGGGGGGCAUUGCUAGAGAUCCCAAUUAAUUUGCAACUCAUUAAAUAAAUGUGCUGAAAAAUGAUGUACCUUAAAAUAAAAUGUACUUUAGAAACGUAUAUUGGAUUUAACACUAUAGUUUAAAUGUAUCAUAACCAAUCUGCACUGCAUGCAAAAUUUCUUAACUUUAAUAAAGCUUGUUUCCUUGAAUUUUACAACAUAUUCAACACUUUUUUUUUUUUAAGUGUCAAUGUUCUUCUUCAUUUUGAUUUGUUUUCAGUGGGAAUUAUUCCUUCAAAGUUUCUUUCCAAUUUGUGUUUAUUUUGUUUCAUUAUUUGGAUUUGUUUGUUUGACUGUUCCAUGAAGGUUGCCUUGAAUAGUUCUCCAAAACCAUUCACCCCAGCUUAUAGAGAUAACAAGAUAUCUCCAGUGAAGCCGCCUGUUGACCUAUACAAUUCCUCUUCGGCCAUUAAGCAAUCAUCUCCUGUGAAAACAUCAGAUUUAAAUCUGGCUUCAGCUUCAGUAAACACAGUAACGCCUACAAAAUCCACCAAAUGGAGUGCUGCAAAUUCAGGUCUUCCUGUCAAUUCUCCUGGAUUGCUAGAAACUCCCCCUUCAGAUGGUGAACUCAACAAGACGGCAGAUGAGCCAACACUUAAACCAAUAUCACAGCGAUUCACAGCCUGGGCACAGAAGACAGAAACUCAUAAAGCCCAACCAGCAAAUCUUUCAUCGAAAGUUGCAACCUUUGAAAAGAAAAUUACUCAAAACAGCACACCAUUGAGAGGACAAAGAAAUUCUGUGCAUGUGCCAAAAACACAGAAACAGGUUCAUUGCUUUUGCACAUUUCCUUCUUUUUGUCUCCCAUUUCAUUUUGCCCCCAUGAUACUUUAAGAAGAAGGCCUUGAUACCACUAUUUAUUAUUCAUGCAGUAAUUGAAUUUAAUUUAGUGCAUUUUAAUGCACUGUCAUUUGUAAUGCAUGCUCUUCUUUUAUCAACUAUUAACACCCUUAAAUCUUCAGCUAAAAUAAGAAUACUUAUUUGAAUGUGAAACCUGUACACUCACUCUUUAUAUAAUCAAAUUAUACUUUUGAAUAUUAUUUGAACCUUUUUUAAAAAUUCUUUUUAAUGUUUUUUUUAAAAGUUAAAAUAAUAUACAUAUUAAAUUGAUGGAUAUUACUUUUACACCAUUAAGCUCAGGGCUUGGUAACCUUUUAUCUGCAGAGGCUGCAUUGAAAUAACUUUUAAUAGAUUUAAAAAUAAUUAUGUGCUGACACACUGGUAACAUCCGAUAACUAAUUAAUAGGGAUAGUACGUUAGUAUUAAAUUUCAUUACUUUGAAAAUAUUUUUUUAUAUAUUAAAUGAAAAUUGAUUUUCAAGGCUUUAACAGAUUUGUUAUGUUUUAUGAAAACUUGAUCUGGUUUUUGUAAUGUCUUUUGAAGUGUUUCAACACACUGCUUGUGGCCUGCAGGCCUUUGGUUGCCCACCCCUGUGUUAGCUGAUUGAUAAAAUAAAAUCAUAAAUAUCAUAAAUGGAUUGAACUUUGCCAACUAAAAUAUACCUUACAUUUUGACAAAUCACUUUAGGGCUGAACUGUAUAGAAACAUUAAACCCUUCAUUUCAGAGGUUAUUUUUAUUUCAUAUUUAGGUCUGUACACCUGCCUUGUCAGCCUCAACUCCAGCUUCUUCAACCCAGAAAAAAGUUUGCGAUCCAUCUGAAUUGCCAGUUGCACAGCGCAUGUCACAAAUGCAAGAAAAAUUAUCAAACACCCCUGCGUUACAGCGUAAAAAUGAUGAACCAACUGCUUUUCCUGUUGGUGCUCGCAUGUCAGCCUGGGAAGUUAUGACAGCUGCUAAUAAUGUUAGUAACAUAAAGAAAGUGAAUCCUGGAGAUGUAACGCCUGUGGCAAACAAAACAAGACCUGUUUCUGCGUUUACCCCAAAACCAGCUGGAGCACCAACAGAAAUUCCUGUGGUAUUAUUUUUUUAUUUAUUUUUAAAAAAAUAAUUUUUUAACAUUUUAAAUUGAACUUGCUUAAGAUUGGUUAUCUUUUGGUUAAUGUCAAGUUUUUGGUAUGCGGUUUACAUUAGAAAAAUAUAUUGCUUCUCUUUUAAGAAUCCUCCACCGCCUCCACAAGCAGUCAAAAGUAUAACCCCUGCCAAGAGCUUCAGGGAAUGCAUUGAGGAGAAAGCCAACAAAAUUUUACAGAAAGGAGUACAGCCGCCAAGCAACUCUCAUGGAGCACAAGCUGUUGCAACCAGCCAGUCUCCCAUCAAACCACUUGUUAGAUCACCAAGCAAAGUAGUACACUCUCCAUCAAAGGUAGCUUAUUUUGCUUCAUAAAAUGUGUUAUAAUCUGUGAAAAAAUGUUUAACUACAACACCCCACAAUUGCUCCAUGUCAAUUUUCUUCACAGGAUAUACUUGAAUUACUUCCUGUAGUUCUUUCUUUUAAAUUUCUCUGCUUUCUCGUUGUGUCAUAAGUUUAACUUAAUGAAUGUGAGAGUGAAAUUGUCAUUACUAUAACACUUGUAAAGAUUUUUAUAUAUUACAAAGCCUGAGAGCUGACAUCACUUGUUUCAUGUGCAGGCCAUGGUUGUGAAAGGGUCCUGAGCAUUAUGAUUGUUGUUAGGCAAGCCAGUAACUGUUAAAACGUGAUUCUAGGUGAGUGCGGGAACAAAAAAUGUCCAGAAACUGUUAGCGGAACGCUGUCAAGAUAGUACCACCACAUCUAGUGCUAUUGCUGCACAAGAAAGAGCGCAAAGAAUGGCCGAGCUAGAUGCCAUCCAGAACCGAUGGAAGAAUGGAGUUUUGAGAGAGGACUAUGGAUCAUCAUCCAAUGAACAAACUAAAGUAAUUUAAUGACUUAUGUAGCUUUUUUUUUUGUAGUGCAGUAAACUGCUUUUAGCUGUCUGAUUACUUGACAAUGCUUUUAAUGUCAAAUGCUCUUGCUUUUGCCACAAACUGCUUCAAUUUAUUUUUUCCUCUCAAAUCCCCCCUUACCUUCCAAAUAAAAUGCAUUAACCUGUAAUCAAUAAAAAAAUUAGGCUUUACAUAUCUUUAAUGCAGUGUCACAAAAAUAUGCUACAUAUAAUCAUACACUGCCAAAUUUAUAAGUGGCUUGUAGAUGUUCAAAUGGAUAAAUCUCUAUGUAAAUUAUUACUGAAAUUCACCAGCACCCUAAUUGGCAAUUUCCCAUCUAACCCAACUUCCAGCUUUAAUUAAGCAUUUAAGCAAGCAUUCCCCACUCUGGGAACCCCUGAUGCAGAUGAAAGCUAAUUUAGACACUUGGUUGUGUUGAGUUUUUAUAGAAUGUCUCCAUCUACAAAUGUUUUAUAACAAAUUAUUCAGAAAGUAUUUUCUAAAUGUAUGUGUUUUGUGUCAAUGAAAUACUUAAAUGCAGUGUUUCCCUAAUUGGGGUGCAUGGCAGAAUUUCAGGUUACGAUGAAAAGUGAAUCCGAUUGUAGAAUGAUAGCAUAAUUUCAUGUUACAUGUCUUUCACAGGUCUCUCACUCUUUUCUUUAAGAAAAUGUAUUUCUAUCUCUUAUUAUCUAGUAACACUGAAAUACACACUUCAAUGAAUUCAGUACAUUUCUCUUCUCAUACAUCUUUUUAAGUCUCGCAUACACUCGCCCUUUUGUAGGGGGUGCGUCUCGCAAUUUCUGGAGGUGCAAUUUAUUGAAAAAGUUGGGCAACCCUACUUUGAAAAAAAAAUGUAACUAUGUAACCAAUUUAAAAUAUUUUAUUUUCAUGUAUUCUGCUUUUUAAAAAUUUGAUGCCGCAUUUUUACAAUUGUAUUCUUUUAAACAUUCACAUUUUCAUUGAUGGUCUAUAAAAUUUCUUUGAUUUAUGUGCAUAGAAUUUGCAGUCACAGUUGUUCAGAUUAUUGCUUCUGUCUAAUGUUCUCUUUUCUAGUUACACUUUAAUUAUCCAAACUAAUUUAUAUUCAGGAUGUCCAGAUAACACAGAAAUGUUCCUUUAAAGAAUAAAAUGCAAUAAAUUUGUACCUUAUGCACAUAUUGUUCUUAAUUGUACAGUGUGCUACAGUAAUAUCAACAGUAUAACGGUGUCAGCUGUUUAUGUAAUGUUUGGGAUUAUCAGGGUUAAGAAAACUAACUCUCUGCUGUGUUUUAUGUAUCCAUUUUGACAAUAGUGACCACUGAAAGGUAGAGUUUUGUAAAAAAAAAAAAAAAAAAAAAAUAUGUUGGAAUAUAUUUUGUCCAUUUUUGUGUGUUGUAAAUAAAACUAACUCUUUGGUGUGUUUUAUUUAUCCAUUUUGAAAAAAGUGACCACUGAAAGGUAGAGUUUUUUAAAAAAAAAAAAAAAAAAAAAAAUAUGUUGGAAUAUAUUUUGUCCAUUUUUGUGUGUUGUAAAGUUUAUUUGCUCUGUAAAAUCUUUGAUGCUUUCCAACAAGUGUAAAAGAAAUGAGAGUUAAAUAAUCUUUUUCUAGCUUUUAUUUCAUGCCUUAAAUUUUAAAUACAUUUUAAAAACUAGAUUUUUGGAUCAGUUCUCUUCUCAAGACACACUUAAAUUUUAAAAAUUGUCUUGGUUGAUCACUGAAAUUAAAUUACCUUGCUGAUGCAGUCUAUUGUUCUUAUAUUUUAGGUACCAUCUGCCCUACCUACAUUGCAGAGCAAAACUCCGGAAAAACAAUUACCUGAAAUGAAGACUCCAAUGAGCAGCAAACGGGAAGAAGCUCGCAAUAAGGCUAGAGCUGGUAUGAAACUUGUUUCACAUCAAUUGAAUAAAAUUUUACUGCAUCAGGUUGAUUUUUGUUCUUACCUUUAGCUGUUAUUUUAUACAAAAUGUUCUCUUAACAAACAGGACCAUCAUAUCUAAGUUGUCUAAAAUUGUUAUAAUUACCUUGACUUUCUUUUAAGAAUCAGAAUUGUGCAUUAUACUAUUCAAAUGUUGCCACAGAGAUUGGCUCUCAAUUAGCAUUAUCAAUACAAUUUUUGUUGGUAGGCCACUUUUAACGACUGAAAUGGUGUUAUUAAUAUAAUUUAUACAGUAACGUGCACUCAUCAAUUAAAGUGCAUAAAGUUUUAUAUUAUUAUUAAUUUUGUUCAAAUUUUUCUUUUUACUUUAUGUAAAAAAUGAGUUAUUGUAUUCAUUUUGUAAUGAAAGUUAUGGUUCUUUUUAUAAUUACUCAGAAUUUAACAGCAAACUAGCAGAGAUUGGUCUCACCAGUGAUGAAGAGAGCACUGCUAGCAUACCUUCAGCUCAGAUACCUCAGGCACCACCAAUAGCACCAAAUGGAUCUGUAGUGAAAUCAAACUCCGGUAGAGGAAGCCAAACAAGCAGCAUUUACAAUUUGAUUAAAAAGAGGGAAGAAAACAUUCAACCGUCUGAUGACAAAAAGGUACUUAAAAUUAAUCUAAAUCAAUUAAAUUCUUUCAAAGCUGGAUUAAAAAAUAAUUGCUGUUCAGAAGAAGAAAAAUUGUGUUUUCCCACAUGGUCCCUGUAGUUAUUUUAAGGACCUGUACUUCAAAGACUUUUCCAUGUACUGUAGUUAUUUUAAGGAACUUCACUUUAAAGACCAUUGCAGGCCAUUUGGUUUUGAUGAGUUAGAGUGGAUCACAUUUCAUACACAAACUGCUAUUUUCUAAAUAUAAUAUUGUCACACAUAUUAGGUAUAUAAAGGUUUCAGUUGUUACAUUUUGUAGUAUAGAGGGUUUUUUUAAAUUCUUUAAUUUUGUGGAUGUCCUUUAGGAUGGAACGCAAAACAGAAUUUUAUUAUUUGUUUUAUAAUUUGGAAAAAUCAUGACGACGUUAGCAAUAGCUGGUUUUGUCAAAACAACCAUUAUAGUGAAACUACAACAAUCUUUUAAAAUGAUUAUUUUAAUAUAUUAUUUAUGAUUUCAAACCAUGUGAUUUACUUUUUAUUUUUAGGUUAAAUUUAAUGACAGCUUUGAUGACAGUGAAGAUGAAGCUGAAAGAAAAAUUCCUCGUUCGGCAGCUAAAAGAUUAGCCACACAGUCCUCAGAGGAGAAAGAAGAAUUCAAAAAGCCAGAGGUCCCAAAGCUCAGAGCCGAAAAGGAUUCCGAUCAUGCCAGCAGCUCUGAUGUUGGUGAUGAAGAAUUUGCCUCGAGUGAUGGGUAAUGUCCUUUUUUAUGUUAUUUUGUACUGUAAAAGCAAAUUAUUUACCUUUUUCGUGAAAAAAUGAAGUUUAUAUAUUUUUAAAUUGCUUUACAAAACUUAAAACAAAAUUAUUUUAAAAUAAAUUCUUAUGGGCAACGGUUUAUGAGGAAAUGUUUUACCCCUUUUUUCAGCUGGCAAUAUAUAUAUAUAUUUUUUUUAAAAAUAUUUUUUUAUUUUACCUAGCUUAGCAUUAAUUCAGUAAUGAUUAUUUUAUUUUAAAAAUCAUAAUUUUCUAUUAUUUAAAUCUACAGGCUGUCUAUUGAAAUUGAUGAUGAUGAUAUCAGCUUAAAGGGAUUUGUGUCUGAAGCCGUAAGAAGGGAGAGUAUCCUACCACCACCAGUUCAAAGGGCCAGCCAGUCAAGUCUGGACAGUUACGAGGAUGAUCAUGGCACCGGAGACAGUGAAGCCAGCUGCAGUGGUCCCUCUAAACGGGGAGGAUAUCAACCAGAUGAUGAAAGCAUGGAUGAAUAUGAUGAGGAAAAUUCAAAUCGUCGGGCUGUGGAUGAUCUACUGGAUGAAGUUAUGAGUGAUACGUCGGAUGACUAUGAUCCUGAUAUGGAUCCACAUAAUGUUGUAUUGAGGAAGCAGCAAACUAAUUAUUCCUAUGACCCUGAUAUGGAUCCAAACAAUGUGCAAAUGAGAAGAAAGAACACAAACCCAGUACCGGUAAGAACCCGUUUUUGUAACAUUUAUUGUACAAGAUGUUCAUACAAAAGGGAAUGUGAUACUAGAAUUAAAUACUACAUCGUUUUAAAUGUUUAAAAUUUAUUUUAAUUAUUAUUGGAUCUAUUUAUCUAAUCUAUUUACUUUUAAGGCAUUUGCUUUAAUAUAGUCAAAUAAUAAAUAUUAUUUCUUAAUGAAUACUUGUGUUAGCAUAAUAUUAUAUUUUCGUUUUUUUAUUCAAUAAACUUUAAAUUUAGAAAUUUAAAACUUGGUUGAGAAAGCUGCUAAAUGGGUUUUCUAUUUAAUAGGCAUUGGUGGAAUCACAUGAUAUUGACGAAUGACAAUAUUACGGUUACCGAAAAAUUGAUCAAAAGAAAAUUUCGUCAAAUUUUUUUCCAGUUCACACGUUAAAAUUUUCGUCAAAUUUCUUUUUGAUUGCACUAUACUAUUUAGUGAAACAGAAUAAUGCGUCAAUAAAUCCUUUAAAAAUAGAAGAUAAAGUCAAUUUAUUUUUUUUGUAAAAUCUUUAUUUUUUAAAUGCAGUUAAACAUUUAAAACUUGAAUGUUGAAAAUCCAAAAUUAAUUUUAAAUAUUAAUUUAAAUAUUAUUAUCUAAAUUAUUUUUAAUCUGUAGAAACACUAAAAUACUACAAAAUCGGAAGCAAACUUUUAAAAAGGACAAAAUCAAUUUUAAGAAUUUGUUUUUUUUAAGCCAUUUAAAUUUAAAAAGAUGCAACUUUAAUCUAAAAAAUAUUUUUAAAAUAUUAGCUAUAUUAUGUUUUAUCUUUAUACACAUUCAUAUACUUCAAAAUGAAAAAAGAAACUUUAAAAAAAGAAGGGAAAAAAAUAAAUUUAAAAUUAACAAAAAAAAUAUUUUUUAAAUGAAAUAAAUCCAAUUUGGUUAGAUCAAUCCAUUUUUUUUUUUUAAUUAAAAUUUUUACAAUUUUUUAACUGCAUGGAUUUCUGAUUAUUGUUAAACUUUCCUUGUCAAUUUUCUAAUUUAUUUUCUUAAUAGGCUAAACGAAAUCUUAUGAGAUCUGAGUCUACUGAUGAUGAUGACGAUGAUAGGCCUUACAGUCUACAAGCCUACAGAAAAAGCGCGUAUGUUUUAAUAAUUUAAUUAAGAACAAGUUUCACACUGCUGUCAGAAUUAUGAAAUAUAAAAAAAGAAACACAGUAUGACAAAGCUCGAAAUGAGUCACAAUAAGACAAUGUAUAAUAUCUAUGAGAGUUUAACUUAUGGCCUUAUGGGAACAAGUAUAUAAAUAUAAAAUAAAGAACACAUUUUUUGAAAGUUUUUAAACUAUUUGAUUUUCAUGUAUUAUGUCCAAACCAUGAAUUUACAGCUUUUGUUAACUCGUUGGCCAUUAGUUGGAUUUAUAUUUUAAAUCCCAAUAUAUGAAGUUUCUUAUGGGCGACUUUGAAGUUUCUUAAGUCAAAAUUUGGCGGAUGGUAUUAACAUUGUGAGUCGAAAACAGUAGCAAAGCUCUUUGUGGCCCUAAGAAGUAAUUAUACAAAAUAUGGUCCUAUCAGGCAAGGACCCUUGAAGCGGGACUUGAUAAAACUAACAUUUAAAAGCCACAUUUUUGAAAUACUGGCUAAGACCAACAUGUAAAAAAAAUUUGCAUUCAUAGGCCACAUAAAUUAAGUUAAACUAUUUAGUUUAAUAGUUUUGGAAAUACACUAAAUUUGCGAGAAUUACAGAACCAGUAAAUUUUCAGAUUCCUUGCAGUUUUCUUUCCUCUUAUUCGAAUAUUUUACUAAACUUAUUAAAAAAUCAUAUUUUAUAUUAUUUUGUUCAAUUUCAAGUAAUGUCCAUCAACAUGUGAUAGAGCCCAUAGUUCGAACUAGCAAAUAUGCUGGGAAAUAUGUGGAAGAGGAGAAUAUUGUUAUGCCCACAGCUCAAGAACCUCACAGGGAUGAUAGACGUGCUGUGCAAGACCGGAUCAGGGUAACCAAUAUUUCUAAAAAGAUGGCCCUUUAAAGUUAAUAGAUUUGUUUCAUUUGUAUCUAUAUUCAGCUUUAAUGAUUAUUAUGUGUGAAUUUGUGUAGUGUUUCCUUUUAUAAAAUGUUUUUAUUCCACUUGACAAGAGCUGUAACAUUGAUCUAACCUCACAAAAAUAAUGUAUGGUUCUCAGGAGCUGCAAGAACUAGUUCAACAAGAACAGAAUGUUAUAAUGCAGACAAGCAAUGCUUUGAACAAAUGUUGUAUGGGUAACUCUUACUUUGCUGGAUCUGCUGAACAAGUUGAAUGCAACAAACUUUUGCUUAUUGCCUGUGAGUUAUAGUUGUAGAUACUUUCUUUUCAUGACAGUUUUUUAACUGGAUAUUAAAAAAACAAGAAAAAUCUGGCUCAGCUAAUUUCUCGACAGUUGCUCAACCCUAUAACUGUCAAGUGCAUUUUUCUGUAGUGUCAAGCCAUUAAAAGCAUUUUUAUACAUUGCAAAAAUGGCAAAUCCCAUACUAAAGGAGACAAUUACAAGAAUACAUUUUCUGAAACUACAUUGGACAAUGUAUCUUAUGGUAUGAAAAGAAUUAGUUUUUAUAGCAUGUCUCUUGAUCUUGACCUUUACAGAGUAAAAAUAAAAUAUUACCACUAAACUUUUGUAUUCAACCCCAAUACUCCAUGAAUUGUUCAAGCUAUCGUAAAAUCAAGUUCUUGAAGUACUAGCAAUAUUCUUUCAGAAAAUGUCAAGCUGUAGGUAGUUCUAUUGACUAUUGUGUAUUUAGUAAAAUUUGUUUCAUUCACCACCUUUAAAUUUCUGUCAUACAAAAUACAUGUGGGGAAGUAAAAAGUGAGUUAAAAAAAAUCCUUUUCAAUUGAAGUUUAUUACAUCCAUUUUUUAAAAUUAAUACUUGACAUACACAAACAUAAAUAGAGGCUUAACUCUCUAGGGUAGGUUUUUGGGAUCCUAUCAUUGUCUGUUUUGUUCAAUUUCCACCCUUUCCCAAACGAAUUUGUCUGUAACAAUACGACUAAGCUUAGUGCUAAUAUUUUCAAUAUCUGACUCUUAUGUCAUAUUCAUGGCUAGAGCUAAUACUGUCAUAACUAUCUCUCUCUGAAAUCAUUGCUUUCCUUUUAAUUCAUUUCAAAUAAUUCCGAAAAAGACAUCUGUGUUGAUUUAGCAAUCUAGAGGAGGACCCUCUCCAGCAAUAGUCAUAAUGGCAGUCAAAUAAUUUGAGGAAAUUUCACACCUGUUUAAUUACAAAACAAUCCCUGAUUAUCGGCCCUUAUGACAGUUAUAAGUUAGCUCGGAAUGUGUAUAAAAAGUUUUGGGUUGUCAGAUUUAAGAUGGCUCAAUUGUUUAUUUUCAUUGAUUUCUUUUCUUCUAUUUUUUUCCUUUCCAGGUCAAAAACGACAAUGUUACAUGACAGAAAUUCAGCGCCUAAAGGAAACUGGUGUACUUUCACCUGAAGGACCAGGUCCCCAAGGCUCUUUAACAAUUAGUGAUAUCAGACUGCCUCUGAAGAAAGACUUUGUCACUAAAAUUGGAACGUCACAUGGUAUUUAUUUUGCUGACAUGGCAUAGCUCCUAUUUUUGCUCAUGAUAAAGAUUUUCUUUAGACCACUAAUAACUACAACUCUUGUGGUUUGAAAGUAUGGUGCUAUAUUAGCUAUACUUUGGUAUUCAGAUUUUAUUUUUCUUUAAGUAGGUAUUGCUUUUAGUUACAUAAGGCCAUCUUUUGUCAGGAUUUGUUUUCCCCAGACACUACAACACACUACUUCAUCUUGUUGUUCAAGAAUGGCCCUCAACUUAUCUGUACCCAAAUGCUUUCAACCCAUGAUCCAAUGAUGAGAGGCAGUCUGGACUUUCCUAAUCUAAUUAAGAUUAACGGCAUAACUGGAAACUUCAAGCUUGUGCUAGACAUUUAUAGCAUGGUAAGACCACAGAAAUGAAUCAAUGGAAAGUAUUUUCUGACAGGAAACUUUGCGUAUCACUUGAAGAGCAUUUGCUAGGGUACGCAAAUCUUUGUCGGUGUGCUAGGCAGACUGACGGCCAUCAUUUUAAUUUAAAUUAUCUCUUUGAAUUCAUUGUAUUUAUAGAAUAAUCCUGGCAUUAUAAAUAUAUUUUAAUUAUUUCAGUAUUUUUAUGCUUCAUAGCAAUUUAAUUUGUUUGUUUUUUUUUAAAAAAAACAGUCCACAUAUAGAAUGUGUCUAGUUUUUUUUAUAUUUUUUUAAAAUGAUUGUUCACUUUUUUUUAAUCCAUUACCCAAGGUUUAAACCUGCCUUUUUGAUUACCCAUGAUGAGAAUUAAACUUUUUUUACUUAAAGAUAAAUAAUCAAACAAACAAUGUUUUUGACUUUCAGAGUGUUUCUAAGGAAUAUUCCAAAGACAAAAAGAAAAAGACACCAAAGAAAGGAAAAGGCUAUGCAAUGGCUUGUAAGUUUUUUUUUAAAGCUUUCUCCUUUUAUGCUAUAGUUAAUUUUGAUAUAUUUAAGUAAAAUGAAUUAUUUAUUUCAUUUUAAAAUAAAAGAAAAUAAUCUGCUUGCUGAGCUCCCCCUUACUUGAAAUAGAGGAAACAGAAGGAUCAUUUUUGUUCUAAAAUGUAAUUUCCUUGUUCAAUUUAACAGUAGAAAGUCCUGGUGGACCCACAGCUGUCAGGACUACAAGUUUCACCCAUGUUACCUCCCUGCAAUUAACAAUGAAGUCUUUGGAUAAAAAUUCCUUUCACCUUGACAGGGUAAGAAUUUAAAGGCAACAUAGACAAGGUUCUUUUAAACUUCAGAAGCAAAUGCUGAAGGUGCUUGACAUGGCACCCAUUUGCUUGAUGUUCGUUGAGAGCACUACCGGUAUUCCAAUGGUCUGGAAAUUAAAUUUUUUGCACAGUUAAAAGGGUUACAUUGAAUUUCAAUGAAAUCAAUGUGUAGGAAGGAAUGUUCUAACAGAAGUUAAUUCGAUCUGAAGUUUGUUCAAAAGGAAUUAUGUUCAAAAUGAAAACGAAGAUUUUUAAAAGCAUUUUUAAGGCAAGAUGCCAGUGAGAAGUGUGGAAAUUAUGAACUUUGUAAUAAAGUUUUUUUAUUUUUACAUUAUUUUAAUUCCAUCUAACUUCCGUUCUAAAAUAUUCCUUCUCACAAAAUCGGUUUUGUACUAAUUGCCCGAUGCAAGUUCAAGGUGACUGAAAGCAUCUUAAAAGUUAAAAUUUAAGUUUUUUGUUUUUUUGGUCAUUUUCAUAGAAAGGAUUGGUUUCUAUUAAAUUUCUAAGACCUUAAAUACAAAUCACACAAUUCAGUUAUGCUUGAAACACCCUCUUUUGACAGCGACAUUAGAUUUUUGCCAUAGAUAUUUUUAAUUCAUGUCCUCACACAAUAUGUUCAAUGAAUUAUUGAGUUGUUAAAAAUUGUUUUGUGAACAUAAUGCUAUGCUAAUUCUAAAUAUUUGUGGGAAAAGUCUAAAUAUCCAAUAAAAUGUUUAAAAAAAAUAUAAAAAAAUGGUGUCAUUUUUUUUUCAUGGCUGAUAUUUAAAAAAAUAAACAUUUCCUAUUUCAGUUACUUCAUUCGUCACCUUUGUAUGGACAAAUUUUUAUGAGGCUUAAAUGUUUGAUGGAGGUUAAUGUUGAAGAAAGAGGCUUUUUGGUAAGUUAAUAUUACAGGUUUAACUUACUCUUUAAUUCUAGAACUUAUGUAAACCUUUCUGAAAAGUGGUGUUCUUAAAAUAUAGCCUUUAAAAAUAUUUAGAAACCCAGUCUCUUAAAAUUGUAGCUCUGACAGGUCUUGUUGUACAAUGAUAAAAAACAUCAUGAAAUCAUACAUUGAUUGUCACUAUUGUAUGCCAAAAUCAUAAGAGUAACCAGUUUAUCUGGUGACUUUGGCGGGUGUCUUUGAUUUCCACUUCCCCACCCCAAGUUAGUCUAUUAAAUGACAAAGACUUUGGUAAGUGACAUUUUUUUUAGACAUAUGAUGCCAAUAGUCAUUAUAUAUAUAAUGUGGUUAUUUCCUUACUAUUGUGAAAUGGUAUUGUACGAUUUUGUGAUGGUAAAUUAUUAUGAAACUAUAUUGUAUUAUUUUGGGAGUUCCAGGUUAACCAGGUCUUGUAUUUAAGCUUAAACUGCACGUAAAACAAAAUAUCUGUAAUUUGAAUUUUUAUCUCUUCACGAUCAUAGCCUAUAAAACCGUUAUAUUUUAUUGCAAAAAUUGAAUAUUUUUAACUCUGGGUAGAACUAUUUUAUGUCAUGAAAAAUAGAAGUAUCUCAUCAUGAGGAAUGUGUGUAACUUGAGCAAGUUUUUCACUUAAAAUUUGAGUUAAAUACAAAAAUAAAAAGUAUGAAACCUUAACAUAAUAAGGGGUAAGAGAAAAAGAAAGAAAUGAAAACUUAGCAUGUUCUGAGGAACCAAUAUAAAGUUAGCUUUUUUUUUUUAUCCUUUUUUACAGGAGCUGUCAGGGGAAAAGUAAAAGAUAUUUUAAUUUAAAGCAUAUCUUUCCGAGUAUAAUUUUUUAAAGCAAACCAUCGUCACAUGCAAACCAAUUUUUUUACUCCAUUACAAAAACAUUUAUUGUAAUAAAAACAUAAACAAAAUCUAUUUGACAGACUAUGUUUGAUGAUGUGAGUGGCUUUGGUGCUUGGCAUAGACGGUGGUGUGUCCUGUCUGGUAACAAAUUAUGUGUAUGGAAAUAUCCAGAUGAUGAAACAAGAAAGGUAUAAAAAAAAAUCUUGCAUAAAAAAAUUAAUUUUAAAAAUUUAACUCUAUAACUAUAAUAUUCAUUUGUAUGCUUGGUGCUCAUAAAAUGUAUCCAUUUAAUAAACUUUCCUGUCUGUUAGGAUCCAAUGACCUUCAUCGAUUUGAAACGCUGUAUCACAGAGAAAGUAGGUCUUGUUCCAAGAGAUAUUUGUGCUAGACCAAACACAUUUGAGAUGGUCACCGUCAGACAGCCAUUGAAGGGAGAACAUGACACUCUAGUGACUAAAACAUACAACUCAACAACCACUGUUAGGUAAAAUAAAUUAUGAUCUAAAUUAAUUAUUUCGAGGUAGACAUUUUUUAUUGCUCAUUGUCUUUGAUUAUAAUAUGGUGUAUGAAAUAUGUAUUGUGAGCUCUACUUUUUCACCAUUUUCAAGCAGUACUCAGAUAUUCCAAUACUGAAUUCAAUUUUCCUAGCAAUUUCUGCUUUGCUUUUCAAAAAAGUUUUAUAGUGCUUAUAAAAUAAGGGUUCCAAUGCUACUGCUGUGACAUACGCUGUGUGGAAGAAAAAAGCUUUUCCAGUCGCUGAAUGGGGUUAAUUGCAUACUGUUACAAAGACUAAAUUUAGUUACAGCCAAAUGAAGAUAACAUUUUGUUUAAAUUUAAAGUUUAAUUAUUAUUUAAUCUGAGUUAUGCUUUAAUUUAAGGCACCAGAUGUCGGCAGACAGCAAAGAAGAACGUAUUGUUUGGUGUAACAAGAUCAACCGCACAUUGGCCAACUUGAGGACCUGGAAUGCAGAUGCCCUGAAACCAAUGAAACAACAACCUCAGGCCACAUCCUCUUAUCAUUGAAAUUUGUGCCUCGUUCAAGCCUUUUUUUUAUUUCUCAGGUGCAUCUAAAUGGGUCAAUUAAAUAUCAAUUUAUCAGAUAUGUACUUGAUCUAGGGAGAGAUUAUUAACGUGAUCUAAAAAUUGUGCUUUUUUUUUUCAAAAUACAUUUUUUUAAUAUAAAAAAAAAGCUCUUAUUUUCCAAUAUAACAAAAUAAAUAGUAUGGAUGUAUCAUAACAAUACAUUUUAAAUUUAUGUAAUAACCCUCGAUUUUUAUCUCUAUUCUAUUAUAUUUUUAUAUGAAUUAAAGUAGUCGGGUGUUUAAUUCAUAAAUUAUUUUGGGAAACUGAAGAUUUGUAAACCACAGAACUGACUGAAACCACUCUUUAUUUGUACCUGAGUAGAUGUAAAUAUGUGAUUUGUUAAAUGUUAAAACUUUUGUACUGCAUGAGUUUUGUGAUGCUGUAAAUUGGGUGUGUAUAAUUAAUGUAGCCAAUAUUUAUAUCACUUGAUAAGUUGCCUUAAAGUUAAAGAUUCAGUGAUAUAUCUCACUGAUGGAUUAUGCUGUUGUGGCCUUAACCAUUAAUUAGUUUUUACUUAAUUACAAAGGGAUCGUUUGUACUUAUCUUACAUAUAUUUUGUUGCAUAUACUUUUUCAGUCUCAUGCUUAUGUCAUUUGUACAAUAUUUAAUUUUCAUGUCUUUCAUAUUUCAUGGUUAUCAUUUAUAUGGACAAAACAAUCCACAGACACAUCAAAUGACCCCACAUACAUUUUUUUUUUUUUGCCAUGCUAAGAGUUGUACAAUCAUGAACAUACUUUCUGUCAUUUUCUUCAAAAUUAUGUUCAGUCAUUGUGGUAAAACUAUAUAUUUGUUUUAAAAUUUAGCCACUUCAAAACUGUCUUAAGACUCAAUGUUAUUACACGCUUGUCUGUUCUGUAACUUAUUGUCUUAGAAUGUUAGAUUAUUUCUAUAUUUCCUGCAGGUAUUUUUAACCUAGGGCCCCCAUAACAUCAAUGACUAGCCCUCAUUGGCUUACAGAAUAAAGUGCAAAUAUUAUUUUAUUUACUGUGUUAAACCAGUCAAAAGAGCCAAAAAUCACCAGGACGAGAGACAAGAACCAUGUUUUUUGGAGUCAAAACAGAUUUGUAGCUGAGCCGCAUUCAGCUCACGAGCCGCAAUUGCCAACCACUGGGUUAAACUAAACAUUGAAUUUAUUUGGGGAUGGGUGGGAAGUAAGGGUUUAAAUGAAGAAUAGAGAACCUUUAACACAGAGGAAGAUUCAAAAUCCUAUAGCUACCUACUUAAAAGUGCCUUACUUAUUUGUAAUGAUAUGGGGUUAUGAGGUCUAGAUAUUAUUGUCAGGUUGAUUCUUGUUGUUUUUUCCCAUAGUUGUCAUCUUAUAUCAUUGUAUACAUAAUGUAUAAGUUAAUUAACAUAGCAUAAUAAAAAAUUAUAUGUACUUAAAAGUGUGGGGGUCGCAGACACUUAACUUGACAUCGGUGAAAGAACGAGUAUACUAUAAACAUUGUUCAGCUAUGCAUGACGUAACAUAUAUCUACUUGUGGUAGGUUGCUGUUGACACACUGACAGUUACAUGAACGAAGUGGCUAUUCGGGCCCAGGUCCGCAAAGUGAGAGGUUGGGAUAAAAAUUUUAAAUAAAACUUAUUGUUGGGACCCGGGUCCGAAUAGCGGCGAUGCGUUUCCAGUUCCAUUUUGACUAAAUUCUAUUCGGAUGUCAUUUGUGGUAUUUUAUUUUAGUUAAACUGAAGAAGUAAGUUUACAAACAUAUAGUCCAUUCAAUUAUCUUUCAUUUGAUACCAAAAUUUUUCUUACAAACCCUACAAUAAUUUUUACAUAUUUUUUAAUAAACCCAACUCUCAACGGGUCCGAAUAGCCGCAUCCUUACAUCAAUUCUGCAUCUGUUACGUUUCAAUGCUUUGUUAGCCAAAUUUCUUAUUCAUACAUCCUAUAAGUGUAACAAGCAGAAGC